GUGAUGGGUUGACAGGUGCGUGACAGUGGAAGCUGCUCUCGGCACAAGCAUGUACGGCAAAGGGAAGAGUAACAGCAGCGCCGUCCCGUCCGACAGCCAGGCCCGGGAGAAGUUAGCACUGUAUGUAUAUGAAUAUCUGCUCCAUGUAGGAGCUCAGAAAUCUGCCCAGACAUUUUUAUCAGAGCCGGGUUCACACAUGAUAUAUCAUUCAUCUCUACAACAUCCAUGUGAGAUAAGAUGGGAAAAAAACAUCACAUUGGGGGAACCUCCAGGAUUCUUACAUUCUUGGUGGUGUGUAUUUUGGGAUCUCUACUGUGCAGCUCCAGAAAGACGAGAAACAUGUGAACAUUCAAGUGAAGCGAAGGCUUUCCAUGAUUAUAGUGCUGCAGCAGCUCCCAGUCCAGUGCUAGGAAACAUUCCCCCAGGAGAUGGCAUGCCAGUAGGUCCUGUACCACCAGGGUUCUUUCAGCCUUUCAUGUCACCUCGGUACCCUGGAGGUCCCAGACCGCCAUUAAGAAUACCCAACCAGGCACUUGGGGGUGUCCCAGGAAGUCAACCAUUAUUGCCCAGUGGAAUGGAUCCAACCCGGCAACAAGGGCAUCCAAAUAUGGGUGGGCCAAUGCAGAGAAUGACCCCUCCAAGAGGAAUGGUUCCCUUAGGACCGCAGUCUGACCCUUGGUUAUCAUUACAGAACUAUGGAGGUGCAAUGAGACCCCCUCUGAAUGCUUUAGGUGGCCCUGGAAUGCCUGGAAUGAACAUGGGUCCAGGAGGCGGUAGACCGUGGCCAAACCCCACAAAUGCCAAUUCUAUACCUUAUUCCUCAGCAUCUCCUGGGAAUUAUGUAGGUCCUCCAGGAGGGGGAGGGCCACCAGGAACUCCCAUCAUGCCUAGUCCAGCAGAUUCAACCAAUUCCGGAGACAACAUGUAUACUUUAAUGAAUGCGGUACCGCCUGGGCCCAACAGACCUAAUUUUCCAAUGGGCCCAGGGUCAGAUGGCCCUAUGGGUGGAUUGGGCGGAAUGGAGUCACAUCAUAUGAACGGAUCUUUAGGCUCAGGAGACAUGGACAGUAUUUCCAAGAAUUCUCCCAAUAACAUGAGCCUGAGUAAUCAACCAGGCACUCCAAGGGAUGAUGGUGAAAUGGGGGGAAAUUUCUUAAACCCUUUUCAGAGUGAGAGUUAUUCCCCUAGCAUGACAAUGAGUGUGUGAUCCAUUACCAAAUUUCCUCAUGAAAACCACAGUGAGUCAGCCCUCUUCACAGAACUACUACAGAAGAAAAUAUUUCAUCACAGUGUACAGUUUAAACAAAAGGAUCUCAGUCACAACCAAACCAACCUUUUUUUUUUUCCUGCUCUUCUCUCCUACUUUGUGAGAGAAAGCGGGUACAAGCGUGAUUCAAAACAACUGUAAGAGUGGCAUAUUAGAAUUGCCUAAACAGAACUGCAAACAAUUAUCUGUGUAUGUAUAUUGUGGGGAAAAUGAAUGUACUGUAUGUAUGUAUGUUCUAUAUACAUAUACAUGCACACAUGCAUACAUGUGCCCACAGGGACAUUGUAAAAUAUUAUCACAUGACAUCUUAAGUAGAAUAAGAAGUAGGGACUUUUAUUCCAUCUUUGUCACGUUUACAUUUUAAUUAUUAAAAGUUGCUUUUUUCCCCCCUGAACUAUUUUGUGCUGUGUAUAUCACUGCUUUAUAUAAGUUAUUUUUAAGGUGAAUUCAGAUGAUAAGUUGUUAUGGUUUUGUAAAUGUCUGCAAUCAUGGAUAGGAAUAAAAUUGCUUAUAUGAGAGCUUUCAUUAAAUUGUGUUUGAUACAAGUUAUAUCCUGUGAAUCAUAAACCUGUACUGUCUCAAGAAACAGAAGAAAGCUUGUCCUAAUUUUUAUGUCAAAUCUAACAGUUUUUCACAUACCUUUUGAAGGUUUUGAGAUACUUUUCCUUCCCUAAUUGGGGACUUAAUUACAGUAUAUUUCUGCAAUAUCUAUUAUAAGAGAAAGUCUUGAGUUGUUUGAAACAGUUUAUUUCAGAAAAUCAGAAAUGAUAAUAGAUGAGCCCCAGUUGCUUUUAAACCUAGCAAUAAAGAAGCAGGGGCUGUCCUAUUAUUGGCAGUGUGUUUUCAGUUUAAUGAGACCAGGCCCAGAAGUAGAUCUAGAACAACCGUUGGAAUGUUUUGCCUCUCAACGGAAAUACCAGACCUUAGACCGAAAUCAGAUUCUUAAUCUAAUUGAAUAUUUUUACCCAGGCACUGUGAAACAACAGGGAUGAAAUUGCUGUUAUGGCUUUAUGCACACAUGGAGGAUUUGGCUGCAUUGCCUAGGAACCACUACUGCGACUUUAUGUUGUCCCAGCGUGUUCUGUGCCGCUGGCAGAAGGGAGAAGUGAGGGAUUGCCAGUCUGGAUGUAUCGAUUCACCGAAUGCAGUCGGGUUCUGCAUGGCUCGGAUUUUUUUCCAGAUAAAUUUGGCAGCAGUGAUGUUGGCCUCUGCCUUUGCCUUCAUCAGGCCACUCUGACAUUUAGAGGCUUUCCAAGAGAUGGCAAGGGGAUGGUUUGCAAAAAAAUAAAAUAUUCUGCCAGCACUUAAAGUGGCUCUAUGUUCUUCAGCCCUUGGGCAAAUCCAGUGCUUUGCUCUGCCUUGGUUAAAAAGAAAAAAAAAAAAACCUGAGUGUAGCACAUUACCAGGCAAUACUGGAAAAAUAGGAAGAGUCUCACUCCAUUCCCUGAAGGAGAGACAGGAGAGCCUGUUCUGAGGCCCAUCAGCAAUGGUAGCACCAAACAUUUGACCUAGUGGAAGGGGUGGUUUUGUCUUGGCUUUCCAAACUCACCCUAGAGAGGUUUGCAUUGGGAGUCCUUCCUGCUUCCUAAAGUAAAAUCCUACAGUUUGUAGGAAAUGGAGGAGAUGAGCAGAUUAUUUGCUGGUUUUGAUCCCAUAGGACUUACUCCUCUCAAGUCCCUAAUGAAGUAGCCCUCUCUGAAGAAUAAAGAUUUUGCGAGUGUAUAACUGAGUGCGGGGUAGAACUGUUCAGGGAAGAAGGGAAGUGAAUUAAAUUUAUGGCCUAGAUUUAAAUUGUAAUAAAAUGAAUGGCCCCAUUAAUCACAGAGUUCAAGAGGCAGAAGAUGUAUAUCAGAGAACGGCAUCGGGCCUUUGAGCUACAAAAAAAAUCUUUCUAAUGAAAAAAAAUCAAACAAAAAUGUCUUUAGUUCAGUUGUUAGAAUAGCCUGAAUAGAACAUUUUGCCUAGAUAUCUGCUUUUUAUCUAAAGUCCUAAUCCUGAAGAUCUUUCUGAAAAGCUACAUCAUUAGCAAAAUGAGAAACCCAGAUAGUUCUUUUACUAUCUACUAUUAUCUUAAAUUAUAUUAUAGUACUGUAUUUUUGCCAUUUUGUUGAUUCUUUGAAGUUGAUCUUGAUUUGUAUUUACUCUCUUAGAAGUGAAUUGUUUCUAUUGCCUCCAGGAAUCCAAGCCUGAUUUUGCUGUCCUUAUCCAAGGUUAAUCCUGGAAUAGGCCACUAUUAUUGACUUACGGUGUAAGAAAUACAAAAUUCAGUAAACUGAAUUCUUCAUCUCAUGCA